GAUUCCAUACACGCCAAGAAUCCACCGACUCUACAGCACUCUCAAAUCUUUUGCCUUUCAAAUCCAGACAAUCAUUUUGCUUACAGAUUUUGUUCUUUAAAUCUUGCUGCACCCAGUUUACCCUUUUGGUAACAACCAGUUUCCAUUUGGUAUCAACAUUUGAUUAAGAAGUUUGGAUGAUGAAUUUGAAGCCUUUCCUGCACAACAGCUUAUCAGUUAUCAGGAGACUGAAAAUGGAAAGCUACCGUCAAGAUAAAAUACAGAAAUUUGAAGAAUUUGUUGACCGCCGCUUGAAACCUGAUCUUGUUCGAGCUAUUGCCCAAAGGGACAAGGUCUUUGAAGAACAGAAAGUUUUCUCGGACUUGCGAAGGAACAUAGAGAACUUAGAGAAUAAUAGUGUAACCAGUCUUAGGACACUGGUUAACCUUGGCUCUGAAGUGUACAUGCAAGCUGAUGUCCCAGACACACAGCGCGUAUUUGUGGACAUUGGACUAGGAUUCCAUGUAGAGUUUACAUGGGCUGAAGCAUUGAAUUACAUAUCAUUAAGGGAGGAAAAAAUAGCGAGGCAAAUAGAAGAAUAUACUCGCCAAAUCGCAUCAAUUAAAGCACAAAUCAAGCUGGUUUGUGAAGGAAUCCGGGAGUUGCUCCAGCUUCCAGCUGAGAAAUCUUUACCAGGGCGGGUAUUUUAACUUCUAUAAAAAUGUAUGCCAUAAUUACUUCCCUUUAUUCAAUAGCCUUCAUUUCUCACGGGGAAGAGAUGGCUGAGAAAGUAAAUUGAAAUGCUUGAUGUAAAGGAGUAUAGCUUCACAUAUAUGCAUCUGGAUUCUAUGACA